AUGCAACACAGGGAUGGCACUAAAAGAGAAUUUUCCACUACUUCUGUUGAUGCUCAUGACAGGCAUCCUAACCUUGACAUCUUGCUGGCGCGAGGUGCCGGUCAUCCAGUUCCAGAUGGCGAACAUGACGACCACCGAGAGUCGCCUCCAGAGAUGGCCCGGCGGCUUGCCAACCCUCAAACAGAAUUAGCUCCUCGGAAAAAGACUCUGAGCGUGGACUGCUGCGGGCAUCGAGUUUUUGAAUUAGUCCGCAUAAAGCCCACGAUUUUUGCCUGGCAAUCCAUCUGCAUUUCUGUGAACCUGGCGACUCAGACUAUUAUCUUCAUUCACAAUGACGACAGGAUCGAUGUCAACUUCACGGUGGACAGCUCGCAGAUGAAGCCAGGUGAGGAGCUGCUGCUCAGGGGCGGCGGCUACCUGACGGUGGGCCAGGAGCAGGACGAGCCCGCCGGGGGCUUCAACAGGGACCAGACGAUAGAGGGGGAGAUUGCCGACUACCGUUUCUUCGACACCGUACUCACGCCGGCGCAGAUGGAAAGCAUUCUCUCGUGCGACGAAGAAAGAAAGGCUGAUGACAGCUUACCCUCUCCGUUGGUUACCUUACUGAAUGGCCACUUGGAAAUAAAGGGGCCAGUUGUAAACACCACUCUGUCCCUCAAGGAUAUCUGCCUGGAUCUGAAAUAUGGAUUCGUUAUGCUUUUUCCCCACCGAAAUACCUUCUUCGAAGCCCGCACUUGGUGUGAUAAUGUCCAUGGUAAUGUCACUCUCCCAGCCGACGACGAGGAGAACAAUGUCCUUUACGACAGGUUCUACAGCUUUAAAGACACGUGCAUCGACAGCCUUCGCAGACUGUACUGGUUGGGAGCCAAAGCCGACCUGGAGGCGAAGGAGUUUCGGAAGCUUUCUAAUAACAUGUCGCUGACAUAUAAGAAUUUUCGGCAUGGCUGGGACACGCCCUCACUCGAGUACCAGUGCAUGUCGGCAAACGUCAAGGAGAACUACACUUGGAGCACCACCCGCUGCGACGUCCAGGCCUGCCCCGCCUGUAACUUCACGGCUCCGCCUCGUCUGCGUCUUCGGGGGCUCUGCGAGGCGUCCCUUAUGGACAGGACGUUCUACCUGCGGGGCUACGAGAACCAGCAACUGCUCUUCGAGGGAGAGUCUCACAUGUACGUCAGGUGGACCGACGGGAUCUGGGGGAUGACCAGCCGCAUGUUUGAAGACCUUGUGGCGUGGAUGGUUUCUGAGGACCCACAGGAAUAUCCUACUGCUGUUCGUACGUGGCGGGUCCAGGGAGACAAGUGUGAUGAGGAAGAGCUACGCCUGUUACUGACCUACUGCUCGACGGAGGAAUUUACCUGCUUUGAUGGAUCUUGCAUCCCUAAGAAGCGAAGGUGCGACCUGGCUGUCGACUGCCCCGACCAGAGCGACGAACUCAACUGCGAGGUGAUCAACGUCCCUUCCGGCUACUCCACCAGGCUUCCCCCGCCCUCCCUGCCGUCGGAGCCUCUGCCGCUCCUCCUCUCCGUCAACAUCACGGUCAUUCGCGAGUUCGACCUCAUCUCCUUCAAGAUCAGCGCCGACGCCCUGUGGCAGCUCAGGUGGCUGGACAGGCGGCUCACCUUCAAGAACCUGAGGAAGAAGUAUCAGGCCAACCUGGUGGAGGACCUCAACGUUAUCUGGACUCCCAUGGUGAAGCUCCGGGACGGAACCGGCAGCUCCGUGGACUCGAAGCCGCGCUCCGAGGCCCUCUACGUGGCCCGGAUGGGGGAGCCUCUGCCGGACGACGACACCAUCAUGCUGGAAGAUGACGUAUAUAGUGGAUUUGAGAACAUGCUGUUGUAUCAGCAGGAGAAGACCAUCACUUUCAUGUGUAACUUUCAACUGCGGAUGUACCCUUUUGAUCGCCAGUGGUGUUCUAUCGUCUUUAACGUCCCUUAUUUGACAAUUGAAUUCGGCGUCCUCACCAAGGAUGGCCCGGGGGUGUUGUUCCUGGGGUCGCGUCGCCUCCUCGAGUACGAGCUGCUGACGGAGACCUUCACCAACUUCUCCAAGGACGGACUUAGCUUCGUUAAUGUUCAGCUCGGUUUCCGGAAUUUGUAUGGAUACUACCUUGGCAACACCUUCCUGCCGACGCUCAUGCUCGUCAUCAUCUGCAUCUGCGCCCUCGGGUUCGACCUCACAGACUUCACGGACCGCAUCAUGGUCUCCCUCACCUCCCUGUUGGUCCUGGCGACGUUCUUCACCCAGACCAGCCAGACCAUUCCGAGAACUUCGUACCUCAAGCUCAUCGACGUGUGGUUCGUGGCUCUUAUCUGCGAGGACUUCUUCAUCAUCUUGGCCGUCGUGUUCGUGGAGUGGCGCGUGGGAAGGGAGGGGGACGGCAUCGUCAGGGUGACACCGGUGAAGGCUCUUAGUGCUGCGUCCCUGCCAAGGAGGGAAGGGAAGCUUGCGUGGGCAUCCACUUACUUUUCGCCGGCCAGAAUUAAUCGUUUUUUCAUUAGGCUUUUCUGCGUCACGUUGUUUCUUGUGCUAGCAUGCUUCGUGCCUAUUUGCAUUAACAGUCUGGACUUUUAGUUCAUAAAGGCAGAUCCUUUGACUGUAUUGUUGCGUAAAUAUGGAACAUAUGUAGGUUCACUGCACAUUGCACUGCACCUAUAUUUCGCCUAUUAUAAGGGAUUAUAAGGUUAUCAGUAACUGAUUAGAAUAAUACCAUAGACUUUAUUGAAUAUGGUGAUAGUAGACUCAUUUUAACGACCAUGUUAGCAGGAAUUAAGACAUUUACUAGUAAGUUGUUACAAAUACCUUGAAUGUAAGAAUUCACAGAAAUAACAUUAGUAAAACAUACAUUUUGUCAGUAGACUAGUACACAUAUGACACAUAUAUAUGCCGUCCUAGAACUGUAUGAGUCUUGCCACAUCCCGUUAACACACAUUUACUCAAUUUUCUCUUCUGUACUAUUGUUAGCAUGAAACUUU